AUGGCUACUAAAUUGAGCCUUCAUGCUGAAGCUUAUGCCAUGGUGUUGGCACUGAACAUGCAGUGGAAGCAAUUUGAAAUAUCAGAUCUUGGUAAUCUGAGUUAUUUCUUACGUGUGGAAGUGAGCCAAGAUGAGAAGGGAGUGUUUAUCUCUCAGAAGAAAUAUACUUUGGAUCUUUUGAGACAGUAUAACAUGCAUAAUUGCAGGGCAGCUCCUACACCAAUGUGUACCAACACAAAAUUACAAAUUAUUGAUGGCUCAGGAGAUACAGAAGCAGGAAGAUAUAUGAACAAGCCUUCCAAGAUCCAUGGAGGUGCAGCAAAACGUGUCCUCAAAUAUCUCGCAGGGUUUUCGGAUAGCGAUUGGGAUGGCAGUUUGGAUGAUCGGAGAAGUAUCUGUAACAUUGUGUUCAAGAGGCAGGAGGUUAUAGCACUCUCUACAAUUGAAGCUAAGUAUAUAGAAAUUUCUGCAGCUGCCUUAAAGCACUGCACUACUAAUGAGCAACAUGCUGAUCUACUCACCAAAGCCUUGACUGUAAAGAAGCAUGACAUGUUGAAAAAAGGCGCUGAAAGGUCUGUGAAUUCAUUAUCUCCGACUUACCUAAUGGCUUUUACUUCAUUCGCUGUGAACCUAUUGAAAUGCAGACAAAACUCCUAUGGGAUGGGCCAUUGGACCAUCGGAGUGCAGAAUCCUUCAACUUUUCAUAAUGGCGUGAAUCAUUCUAGCCCGCCUUUGAAAAGCUGGCUGGUACUGUUUGGAUACAACUUCACCGUCCUCAUGGAGCUUUGGCAUGGAGAUCUAUUGGCUUGA